AUGAUGGGCUGGAUUGACCGGAUGGUCCCCCAGCCCCCAGUGCCCCAUGUGACAGAGGAGACCCCUGUGAAGGAGCUGGAGACAGCUAAGGAUCUUGCCUUAUUUUCCCCUGCUGCCAUGGAAGAAACGGACAAGAAAGUGACUUUUGUGGUCUCUGAGGACUCAAGUUCUGUGUUUGACAGUGUGGGGAGUAGUGUGCUCUCCUGGCUCUCCUAUGGGCUGGAGAAGGUGAUUCCCCAGCCAGCCCCAGCCCCAACUCCAGGGCUGCAGACACUCGGGAAGAGCUUCGAGACAAGCAUCGACAUUGCUGAUGAGACAGAGGUCCAGGUCCUUGGGGAUGAGGACGACGAUGGUCUGGAGAUCACUCCCUUCGAUGCUGAGGACGAUGACUCCGAGGGUGAACCGGAGGCCGCCCCGCAGGAGUGGGCAGGAAACCGGGUGCUCAGCUGGCUGUCACACGGCUUCGAGAGGAUUUUACCACAGCCAGAGGGGAUGAAAAAGCCGGAGACGGAGCCGAAGGAGAAGAGCGAAGGCGCGGUGGAAGGCACUAAAGGGACUAAAACCCAGGCCAAGUCCAAGUCCAGCUCUUCAGCCCCGCAGAGCACCCCAGCGGCACAGGAGGCAGCAGCAGCCCAGGGGACCGCCCUGAGCCCGCAGCUCGUGGCUGUGGACGGCGCCAGGAUGUUCAGCUGGUUUGUCCAGGGACUGGAGAAGGUGAUGCCACAGCCGGUGACCAGGGAGAAGCAGGACACACAGGUGCAUACCUUUCAUGUAGCCCCUGGGGAACAGGAGGAAACCCAUCUCGUCCUGAAAGAGAUCAGUGAUGACCAGAUUGAUGAGGAGAUGAUGGCCUGGGCUCACAAGGCUGAGCUGGAGGCAGAUGCUCAUCCCCUUCACACCAUACAGGAGGAACCUCAGGAAGAAGAAAACAGAUUAGGUCUGUGCUCCCCAAAUACUGCCAAGAGGGAAGAGGAAAAAGAGGAGGAUAAGGAGGAGAAGAAGAAGAAAGAGGAGGAGCCGGAGAGGCCGAAACAGCCGCGGCAGAGCGGAGCUCCGAGCCCGGCAGGGGCUGGGGAAGCGCGGCUGUGCCGGGAGCGGGGGGUGCGGGAGGAUGCUCGGGAAAAGCGGCUCAGCCCGGGGCUCGCUGCUGACGCGGCACCUGGCGACAGACCCCUGCUGCAGCCACCUUGUGUCCCUGCUGAUGUGGGUGAAGCCUGCCCUGCCGAGGAGGCCCUCAGGGCUGAGCAGCUGGGAGAAGCUGAGAUAAGGGAUCUGGAAGGUGCUCUCGUGCAGGCUCCUAGCAGCAUGGCCAGGCGGGCCUGGGACAUCGAGCUAGAGCGGCUGGUGCGCGCCGCGCCGCUGGCAGGCGGGGCCCGCUCCCCUCCCGGCCCCGGCGGGGCUCUAGAGCAGCUCCCCAAUGUCCCCAGCUAUCGAGGCGCCGCUGCCACCCCCGUCCCUGCCACCAGCGAGCCACAGGCUGGAGUGGCCAACCCCAAUUUUUGCACUGAGGAGCAGCCCCCGCUAGGUCCCUGCCCCGCCGUGCCGAGGAGGGACGCGGACAGCCCGGGCCGUGCUCUGCGGAUCCACCAGCCCGCAGCUCCCGCCCUGCUGGCGGUGCCCGGAGCAGCAUCCCCCAGGAGGAAGCAGCUGCUCCCACAGGAUGGUCUGGACAAGGGGCUGGUGAGCCAAUCCCCCAGCCAAGAGCUGGGCUGGGACGAGGAGCAGAGGGAAAGCCUGCCCGAGCGCAUCGGCUCCGCCACCAGCCUGAGCAGCGCCGUCAUCAACACCCGGCUCCAGGAGCUGGUGAGGCUCUUCAAGGAGAGGACUGAGAAGGUGAAGGAGAAGCUGAUUGACCCCGAUGUCACCUCAGACGAAGAGAGCCCUGUGGCAUCUCCCAUCAAGCCAGCACCUGCAGCAGCACCGGUGCCUGCCCCAGGGGGGGAGCUGGAAGGGGACAAACCCUCAGGGGAUGACCAUUACUGUGAGAUGCUGUGCUGCACGUUCAAGCGCAGGCCCUGGCUGGACCACCUGAAAAGCUGCCAGUUCCCCAGCAGCAUCGACCCCCUCACCAAUCUGAUGUACGUGCUGUGGCUGUUCUUCGUUGUCAUGGCCUGGAACUGGAAUUGCUGGUUGAUCCCUGUCCGCUGGGCUUUCCCCUACCAGACUCCAGCAAACAUCCACUACUGGCUGCUGGUGGACUACCUGUGUGACCUCAUUUAUCUGCUGGACAUCCUCCUCUUCCAGACCCGGCUGCAGUUCGUGCAGGGGGGGGACAUCAUCACUGACAAGAAGGCCAUGAAAGAGAAUUACCUGCGAUCACAACGCUUCAAGAUGGAUGUGCUGUGCCUCCUGCCCCUGGAUUUCUUCUACUUCAAAGUGGGUGUGAACCCGCUCCUGCGCUUCCCUCGCUGCCUGAAGUACCUGGCCUUCUUUGAGUUCAACAACCGCCUGGAGGCCAUCCUGACCAAGGCAUACAUCUACAGGGUGAUUCGGACCACUGCCUACUUACUGUACAGCCUGCACGUGAACUCCUGCCUCUACUACUGGGCCUCAGCCUAUGAGGGACUGGGCUCCACCACCUGGGUCUACGAUGGGGAAGGAAACAGCUACAUCCGCUGUUACUACUGGGCAGUGAAGACCCUGAUCACCAUCGGGGGCCUGCCAGACCCCAAGACACUGUUUGAGAUUGUCUUCCAGCUGCUCAACUACUUCACAGGCGUCUUUGCUUUCUCUGUCAUGAUAGGGCAGAUGAGAGACGUGGUUGGUGCUGCUACUGCAGGGCAAACUUAUUAUCGGAGCUGCAUGGACAGCACCAUCAAAUACAUGAACUUCUACAAGAUCCCCAGAACUGUCCAGAACAGGGUGAAGACAUGGUACGAGUACACGUGGCACUCUCAAGGCAUGCUAGACGAGUCCGAGCUGCUGGUGCAGCUGCCAGACAAGAUGAGGCUGGACAUCGCCAUCGACGUGAACUACAACAUCGUGAGCAAAGUGGCUCUUUUCCAGGGUUGUGACAGACAGAUGAUCUUCGACAUGCUGAAGCGGCUCAGAUCAGUGGUCUACCUGCCCAACGACUUUGUGUGCAAGAAGGGAGAAAUAGGCCGGGAGAUGUACAUCAUCCAGGCGGGCCAAGUGCAGGUGCUGGGGGGACCCGACGGCAAAUCCGUGCUGGUGACUCUCAAAGCUGGGUCUGUCUUUGGGGAAAUCAGCUUGCUGGCAGCAGGAGGGGGAAAUCGCCGCACAGCAAACGUCGUGGCCCACGGCUUCGCCAACCUUUUCAUUCUGGAGAAGAAGGACUUGAACGAGAUUUUGGUCCAUUACCCGGAGUCUCAGAAGCUGCUGCGUAAGAAGGCCAAGAAAAUGCUGAAAAGCAACAGCAAACCCAAAGACGAGAAGGGAGGGCCCCGAGAGCCGCUGAUCAUCCCCCCGAAAGCCGACACCCCGAAGCUGUUCCAGGCUGCCCUGGCUGCCACGGGCAGGAUGGGGGACAGAGGGGCGCUGGGGCGGCUCCGCUGGCGGCUGAGGGAGCUGAAGGCGAUGCAGGAGGCGCAGGGUUCCAGUGUCAGCCCAACCCCACCAAAAUCACCAGUGCACCAGAGAUCACCUGUCACAUCCCACAAAGCACAAACCCGCCUGGGAGAAGAAAUAUCCUCAGAAUCUUCUGAUCAUUCAGUCACCAUUCGUGUGAUUCCCACAGCAAAAGAAGAUGAGGAAAUCCUUGCUGCUGAGAUUUCAGAGAAAGAUGAAAAAAAAGAAGAGAAAUGAAACAGCAGCAGGUCCCGGGGCAGGCGUAGGAGUCAGGCAAAUGCCUGGGCCAGCAGAUUUUUGUUGUUAAUGAUUUCCAUGCAGUGCCUGUAGGUUUUGCUAUGUGCUGUGGGUAGGAUCUGCCUCUCUCUUCUGUCCAGACCCUCAAUCACUGCUAAUAAAACCCUCUGCCAUUUGACCCAGAACCAUAAAAGGUUUCUAUGCUCUGCAGAUCCCUUGAGCACCUUUAUGAAUUUCCCACUAAAUCUCGGUCAGCCCUCUUGCUUUGAAAUCCAGCCUUGUGGAGGGAGAGCUAUGGAAAAAUUGCUUUUUAUGGCUCUGGAUGGUUAAUGAGUGUUCAGACAAAGCAUGAAGAGUUAUUCACCUCUGACAGCUGAGUCACUGCUUGGCUAGAAACAACCAAGGGAAGAAAAACAACAAGGUUUCUCUGUUGGGCUCAAGGCUGACAGCAGCAGUGGGGAGUGAUUCAUCUGAAAAGGAUGUGGACUAUGCUCACAGGCCAAGCAUGGAGCAAAUCAAGCUGCCCUGAGAAUGCCAAGCUCUGUCCCCAAGUGUGCAGAUCUCAAGAUGCUUGAGGGUCCCUACGUGGUGCCAAGACCACCUUGGUUUUGCCACUGGAAGAAUUCUUGCCAGCUGUCCACCUUGGGAAGGUGGUGGACUCUCCAUUACUGGGGGUUCUUAUGCAGAGAUUUGGUGAGCAUCUUUCAAGGAUAGAGAAGGGCAAUCCUGGAUGAGCUGUUCCUGGAGUUCUUUUCCAGCCUUGGGAUUUUUCUGUGCUGCCACUGCUGGGAGGGGUAAACAGAGAGCAGCAGGGAGAAGCUGAGUUGAUUCUCAGCUGGGAAGGGAAAGAGAAGUGCAGUAAGUGCUCUCCUCUCUCAGACAGUGUUUCAGAGUCAGCUCAGAGCCUGUAACGUGCCAACAAGUGCACGAGCAUGCAGGUGCUCCCCUGCACUCAUUGCUGGACCUCAGUGCCAUCCACAAUUCCAGCAGGAAAUUUCCAGCCUAUCAGUCACUUCAGACUGGCCACAUUUCCCAGGGGGAGAGAAGCCACAACAACAAAACCACACAACAACAACAAAACCCAACAGGAUAGAUGUUAGCAUUAGUUAACAAAGUCUUGCUUUCUUUUAAAUAAAUUUAAUGACCUCCACUAUACUGCAGGAGGGUCUGAAGCCAUCACAUUGCAGGGUAGAGUCUGCACUCACCCAAACCUUCCUGAAUAUUUCUCAUCCUCAGUCAUUUGCAAGUGGUUUCCUGCCAGGUGGAAGAUUUUGAGGGGGAGUGCAAAGUUGGGUUUGUUUUUUUUUUUUUUUUUUGCACUCCCUAAAUAUUUAUAUAAUCAAACCAGGAAACAUGCAAAAAUCAAACUGGGGCUCUGAUUUGCUGCUAUGAUUUAAUAUUCUUUGGAAAAAGCAUUUAAAUAAAUAGUGGGCUGUAAUUGCUCUCGUAAUUCACUAUAUCUACAAUAAACACCACGUAGAUUACCAUUCACUUGCUGUGGAUUUAUUUCAACAUUCCAGCUGUUUUCCAACUUCUUGCUCACUCAUGCACUGACAGACACAGAAAAUCCUCACAUGCAGUUCAGAUUUCCCAAUAAAUAAUUGAGAGGCUCAGAGGUCACAUAAUACUGGCAGUAGAAUUGUAAUUUGCCUUUAAUCACCAAGAGGAGGUGAAGAAAAGCUUUUUUAAAUAGCAAAGAUUGCUUGAAGAUCUUAGUUUUCAACACACAAGCAUGAGAUGGUGAUGGAUACACAACUGGUAAUUCUGGAACCAUGGGGAGAUCUGAAAUUAUCCUUCUCUGUGAUCUGUUUAUGGUUUUAAUUCUUUGGAGAGAUUAUUCUCUGGGUAAUAAUUAAGGUCAAGGUAGGGCUAGACUUGCAGGCUGGGCUGGGGAGUUGAGCUCAGGUCUGUUUGCUCUGCAGGGUUAUUUAGAGAUGACAGAGGACAGAGACUUCAGUGCCUCUUGUUUUGGGGGUUGCCAUGGAUUGGCUUUCUUCUGUUGAACUUUUAAAUUCCAUUCCUUUACCAGUUUUGCUGUAUUUGCAAUGAGCUUCCUUUGCAUUGGUUCCAAUAAAUAUCUUGCAGAGGACACUCCUCACUUGGUGAUCCUUCCACUGCCCUUGGAACACUCCUGAUGGAUUUGGUAACACUCCAUGUACCUUUACUGCAUUUCCUAUUAGCUUUUGCUCAUUCCUCUUGAUGUCCUUAAGCCUUGGGUCAAUCUGAUAUGAGAUUCUCUCAUAAUAUUAAUGCAGUACGUGGGGAAUCUUGACAGGCAGCUGCUCAUUGCCAUAGAAACCAGGUCUUCUUGCAGUGAUUUUUAGCUGUUGCUGCUUUUUACUUAAAUAAGUAGAAUAGAGAAGUGCCAGAGGAAGAAGAAGAGCUUGUCUUUGGAGCUGUAGGAAUGUGGCAGGCUUUGCCUCACUGUCACCACCAGCAUCUUUACUGGAGGAUUUAUAUAUACUGUUUAUAUAUUUUUUUAAUAUACUGGGGGUGUAUUCAUAUCCCUCAUGGCCUGUGUCUUUCAGAGAACUGAUGCUGAUUCAAUGUUCU